CAGCCUGACCCUGAAGAAGCUGGUGGUCUUCAAGGAGCUGGAGAAGGAGCUCAUCUCAGUGGUGAUUGCGGUCAAGAUGCAGGGCUCCAAACGGAUCCUGCGGUCUCAUGAGAUUGUGCUGCCCCCCAGUGGACAAGUAGAGACUGACCUGGCCCUGACCUUCUCCCUGCAGUACCCUCACUUCUUGAAGAGAGAAGGCAACAGGCUUCAGAUCAUGCUGCAGCGCAGAAAGCGGUACAAAAACCGGACAAUCCUGGGCUACAAGACACUGGCUGCAGGCUCCAUCAACAUGGCCGAGGUGAUGCAGCACCCCUCUGAGGGCGGCCAGGUGCUGAGCCUCUGCAGCGACAUCAAAGAGGCCUCUGUAAAGGUGGCUGAGAUCUGGAUCGUCUCCCUGUCCAGCCAGCCCAUCGACCACGAGGACAGCGCCAUGCAGGCUGGCCCUAAGGCCAAGGCCACAGAUAACUACUCCGAGGAAGAGUAUGAGAGCUUCUCCUCUGAGCAGGAGGCCAGCGACGAUGCCGUGCAAGGGCAGGACUUGGACGAGGAUGACUUUGAUGUGGGAAAGCCUAAAAAGCAGCGGCGAUCGAUACAACAAAACUUCAAGCAGAAAGUCGUGGCGCUGCUGCGGAGGUUUAAAGUGUCCGAAGAGGUCCUUGACUCAGAGCAGGACCCUGCAGAACAUGUCCCUGAGGUGGAGGAGGACCUGGACCUCUUGUACGACACGCUGGACAUGGAGAACCCCAGCGACAGUGGCCCUGACAUGGAAGACGAUGACAGUGUCCUCAGCACACCCAAGCCGAAGCUCAGGCCAUACUUCGAAGGCCUGUCACACUCCAGCUCGCAGACAGAGAUCGGGAGCAUCCACAGUGCCCGCAGCCACAAGGAGCCUCCGAGCCCGGCUGACGUGCCUGAGAAGACUCGGCCCCUGGGAGGCAAGCAGCCAAGUGACAACGUCUCUGACACCGUGGCCCCCUGUGCACCGGCCCCGCGGGAGCAGCCAGGACAGCCCGAGGACAGCCCAGAAGCAGAGACCUCCCCACGGGACGUGUUCACUGAGAGGCUGCCGCCCAGUGGGAGGGUCACCAAGACAGAGUCACUCAUCAUCCCCUCCACCAGGUCUGAGGGGAAGCAGGCGGGCCGCCGGGGCCGGAGCACAUCCCUGAAGGAGCGGCAGCCGGCACGGCCACAGAAUGAGCGGGCCAACAGCCUGGACAACGAGCGCUGCCCAGACACGAGGAGCCAGCUGCAGAUCCCCAGGAAGACCGUGUAUGACCAGCUCAACCACAUCCUCAUCUCUGAUGACCAGCUGCCCGAGAACAUCAUUCUCAUCAACACCUCUGACUGGCAGGGCCAGUUCCUCUCGGACAUCCUGCAGAGGCACACACUCCCCGUGGUGUGUACCUGCUCCGCCGCGGAUGUCCAGGCGGCCUUCAGCACCAUUGUCUCACGGAUACAGAGAUACUGCAACUGCAAUCCCCAGCCCCCGACCCCUGUGAAGAUCGCCGUGGCAGGGGCGCAGCAGUACCUCAGCGCUGUCCUGCGCCUCUUCGUGGAGCAGCUGUCCCACAAGACCCCCGACUGGCUGGGAUACAUGCGCUUCCUCAUCAUCCCGCUGGGUUCCCACCCUGUGGCUAGGUACCUGGGCUCCGUCGACUACCGCUACAACAACUUCUUCCAGGACCUGGCCUGGAGAGAUCUGUUCAAUAAGCUGGAGGCCCAGAGCGCUGUGCAGGACGCGCCAGACAUCGUGUCGCGCAUCACCCAGUACAUCGCGGGGGCCAACUGUGCGCACCAGCUCCCCAUCGCUGAGGCCAUGCUGACCUACAGACAGAAGAGGAAAAAGCACUUUCAUUUUGACUUUACCCUAAGCGCUGAUGAAGAGUCCUCUCAGAAGUUCAUUCCCUUCGUCGGGGUGAGUACCAGCCAGCCCCACCUGCUCAGGAAACCACUGACCUGCCAAAGUGCCUUUUAUGAUGAGGAUGUGUUUGCACUCACUUGA